AUGGAAACCAGCACGGGAAUCAGCACGGAGACCAGCCAAAUCAAGGAAUGGCGAUCAAUUGUUACACUGAUUGUUUUCUUUCUCGCAAUCCUCUUCCCCUUCAAGGUCCCAAUCCAUGUCCCUGUGCGAGUUGUUCACAAAACCUUGGACGGCCUGAGUGCACUGAGAGUGAUACCCCCGAGGGAGAAGGACUACCAUUAUGAGCCUCAAAAUGGGCAAGCCGCCGGACGCAGGCGCUUUGUGCCGCUCUUGUUCCCCGUGAACUCGGUCACGGCCCCUCUGAUCGCCGACCUGUUUCUCCUCGCCAUCCUGGCCAUCGGCAGGAAGGAAGUUCAUGACGGCACCCUUGGAGACAACGGCAUCUUCCCCAUCGACAUCAUGGUCUUCUUCAUUACGCUGGCAUACAUCGCCAUCUCAAUCGACGCCUCGGGACUCAUUCGCUACCUGGCCCUGAAGGUGCUCCAGUGGGGAGGAGAGGUUGGCCACAGGCUGUUCUUCUACCUGUACGCCUUCUUCUUCUGCCUCGGGAGCUUCAUCGGAAACGACCCAAUCAUUCUGUCAGGCACGGCCUUCUUGGCCUACAUGACCCGGGUCUCGACCAACAUCAAGCACCCCAAAGCCUGGAUCUUCACCCAGUUCGCCAUCGCCAACAUCUCGUCCGCCAUCCUCGUCUCCUCCAACCCCACCAACCUCGUUCUGGCCGGCGCGUUCGGCAUCAAGUUCAUUGUGUACACUGCGAACAUGGUCGUCCCCGUCGUCGUCACGGCCAUCGUCCUUUUCCCUUUCCUGCUCUACGUGGUGUUCAACAACGAAGGCCUCAUCCCAUACUCGAUCAAGAUGCGAGAGGCGCCCAGGAAGACCAAUUCGAAACCCGUCAACCCCAACAUCCCGAGUGCCAGGGGUAACGCAAGGGACGAGAACGUCGAGGACGAGAACACGGAGCAGCUCAUCGAGGAGAUCAUGAACCCCUGGCUCGACAAAGGGGGCGCCGCGUUUGGCGCCGUCAUCAUGUCGGUGACGCUCGUCACCGUGCUGGCCAUCAACGCCGCCAGCGUCAAGACCAAGAACGACGAGCACUUUCAGGUGUUUUGGGUGACGUUGCCGGCGGCCUUUGUCAUGCUCUGCUGGGAUCUCUGGUUCGGGUGGUUACGUCGGGAGGAGACGCGGGCGAUUGCUAAAGGGGUUCACAACGAAGGGGACAGAUCCGAGCAUGUCGACGUUGAGCACGGUGAAGAGCGGAGUAGGGCUUCGGAGACGGAGAUGGCGAUAAUGACACCCGCCUGCUCGUCACCGAACUGGCCGCAUAUUCACGUCGAGACGGCAGAAGACGAGAACGAUAAGGAAAAGAUGCAGGUUGAAGACGACGAUGUAUCGCCAGUGAACCGCGACAUUGGCGUGGAGACGUCGGAUUCCAGCGGCCCGCCCGUUGUCACACUCACCCCAGCGGUUCAUGCCUCCGAGGAUAGCGGCACCGCCACUACCGGGUCUAGCCCGCAGCUCAUGUCGUCGGCGACUACGGCUGUGUCGGGCGCACAACAGCCGGACGCCGAGGGGGUUUCCACCAGCGAGCACAAACCAAGCCACGAGAUACCACCACCCGCAGUCUCGGACGUGUCGCCGCAGGGGCCACCGGUAUCACCGUCCAUGGGGCUUGUGGAUGACGAGAAGCGCAGAGAGGACGCCGGUGAGAGUCGCACGCUCAGCCAGGAGUCGCCCGGAGUCCAUGCGCAGCCGAGAUGGACGCUUGUAUCGCGUUGCCGAGACGGGUACCGGUGGUUGCAGGAAACGUUCCCUACCGUCAUGGCGGUGAUAUCGCAUCUCCCAUUCGCGCUGGUGCCGUUCGCGUUCGCCAUGUUCGUCCUGGUUCAGGCGCUGGUCACCAAGGGCUGGGUUCCGGUGUUUGCGUACGGGUGGGAUCACUGGGUCGAGAAGACGGGCACGAUCGGUGCCAUUGGCGGCAUGGGUUUUCUGUCCGUGAUACUCUGCAAUUUCGCGGGCACCAACAUCGGCACCACGAUCCUGCUGUCCCGCGUGGUACAGGCCUGGAUGCAGAUUCGCCGGGAAAACGGCGUGGACAUCAGCGACCGCAUGUUCUGGGGCACCGUGUACAGCAUGGCGCUCGGCGUCAACUACGGCGCGUUUAGCACCGCCUUCAGCGCGUCGCUGGCCGGUCUGCUGUGGCGCGACAUCCUCGGCCGGAAGCACAUUCACAUUCGGAGGAUGGAGUUCGCGCGGGAGAACGUGCCCAUCAUCACAAUCGCCAUGAUUGUCGGCUGCACUGUUCUGGUAGGGGAGAUAUACAUCAUUAGAAAGGACACGCCGUACCACUUGUAA